AUGGAGUUUGGAUUUGAAGAGACCUUUCCACAACUUGAUCUAGUUCCAGAGCCAAUUGGGGAGAGUUUACGAGAGAUGAUCCUCUAUUACAUUCAGGCUAAACCAAAGAAGGGUAAACUGCCAAAGCUAAGUGGGUAUAAUGUUUGUAAGGUGGUUGAUGAGAAGGGAGAAAUCUGCUGCCUCUUCAAAACCUACACUCAUGAGAAAUAUACAAAGCUGGAACCUGCUGUGUAUCUUCUUGAUCAUCCUCCACAAGGACAUCGCUCUGUGUUUGCAAGCUGCUUAGGACUCUCAGGGGUUCCUCCAACAAUUUUUUUCCGAUCCAAAGAGGAAAGCGGCUGUCUGGUCAAGUAUGUUGGACAUGAUUCUGUCGCUGGAGAAGUGAAUGAUGGACUUCAAACACUGCCUGAGGAGAUACAAAAACUCUGCGUGACCCACAUCAGGUUUGGUUGCACGGACGCACAUGACGGUAACACUUUGGUUAAAAGAGAUGAAAAAGGCAUAGAUCGCCUCAUACCUGUCGAUCACGAGGAGUCUUUCAACAAUGGAUUCAAGCUUGGGACAUUGUGGUGGACAGAGGUGGCUGCAUCCAAGGAAGCUUUCUCCUCAAAAUUGGUUAAAUACGUGAGAGAUCUAGACGUGGAGAGAGACGUGGCUUUCCUUAAGAAAGCUGGGUGGGAAGUUUCAUCAAGCUUCACUAAGCAUUUCGACAUUUUCACCCACUUUUUGAAGAAAAGUGUGGAGCUUCUACUCAGUCCCUACGAAAUUGGAAUUCUGGCUCUUGGAGCAUUUAAGAGGUUUCCCAACUAUAACCUACAUGAGAUUGUCAACACAGCUGAUCGAAGCCAUGGAGAUAGCAUCUUCAUUAAAAGUGCCAAGGAGAAGAUCGACCAGAGCCUUACCGAGUAUGUGUUAAAGGUUCAUAACCGCAGGGUUGGUAAGAAACCAAGCAAAUGA